CUCUCAUUCUCCGCUCCUUGGCUUCUUUCCUCUACAACCUCCAUUCUGCAAGGUUUUUUGAUUUUUUUUCUUCAGUUCCCUUACUCCGCCUCUCAGAAUCAUGGGCAAGGUCAAGAUCGGAAUCAAUGGAUUCGGAAGAAUCGGUCGUUUGGUUGCCAGAGUCGCUCUUCAGAGAGAUGAUGUUGAGCUGGUCGCCGUUAACGACCCCUUCAUCACCACCGAUUACAUGACGUAUAUGUUCAAGUACGACAGUGUUCACGGUCAGUGGAAGCACAACGACAUUAAGGUGAAGGACUCUAAGACUCUUCUAUUUGGCGAUAAGCCGGUGACCGUUUUCGGUGUGAGGAACCCCGAGGAGAUUCCAUGGGGUGACACCGGUGCCGAGUACGUCGUAGAGUCGACCGGAGUGUUUACCGACCAGGACAAGGCCGCUGCGCAUUUGAAGGGUGGUGCUAAGAAGGUUGUUAUUUCUGCACCAAGUAAAGAUGCUCCCAUGUUUGUUGUGGGUGUGAAUGAGAAGGAAUACAAAUCGGACAUCGCCAUUGUUUCCAAUGCUAGUUGCACCACCAACUGCCUAGCACCUCUGGCCAAGGUCAUCAAUGACAGAUUUGGCAUUGUUGAGGGUCUUAUGACGACCGUCCACUCUAUUACCGCGACGCAAAAGACUGUUGAUGGGCCAUCAAGCAAGGACUGGAGGGGUGGAAGAGCUGCUUCCUUCAACAUCAUCCCCAGCAGCACCGGAGCUGCUAAGGCCGUCGGGAAGGUACUACCGGCAUUGAAUGGAAAGUUGACCGGAAUGGCAUUCCGUGUCCCGACUGUGGAUGUCUCGGUGGUGGAUCUCACUGUAAGACUGGAGAAGAAGGCAAGCUAUGAAGAGAUCAAAGCCGCUAUCAAGGAGGAGUCGGAGGGGAAGCUGAAGGGAAUCCUGGGUUACACAGAAGAUGAUGUGGUUUCCACCGACUUCUUGGGUGAUAACAGGUCAAGCAUUUUCGAUGCCAAGGCUGGAAUUGCGCUCAACGACAACUUCGUUAAGCUGGUUUCCUGGUAUGAUAACGAAUGGGGUUAUAGCUCCCGUGUAGUUGACUUGAUCCUCCACAUGGCCUCUACCAACUGAAACCCCAUCCAUCAUCUGGGAUACGUACGUACGUAAGCCAGCGCUAGCUGCUGCUAUUUUGCUAGAGAGUUGUAGUGUGUUUGUUUUUCUGUCCUAAAUUUGGUCAUGACGUUUUUGAAACUAUUUAAGAGGAUCCUGCCUGUUCUAUUCG